UCCUGGCAUCUCACUACACCUUGGUGGCCACAGUUCUGCAGAGAUGGGAGGAGGGAUACGUUGGCUAAGAUGGUCUGGGGUGCGUGCAUGUGUGUGUGUGUGUGUUUUCUCCCUAUGAAGAGAAUUUCUGGCUGGCAUGAGGAAGGGACUGUGGGCUGUUUGGGAAAACCAUGCCCAAGAUGCAAACCUCUCAGUCCAACCAGUUCCAAAAGUUGAGACAUAUGUCGGGCAGACGUUGAUAGAGCACAGAGGUUAGUGCUUGGCCUCUCUCACCUCAGGCAAAACAUAGUCCAUCUUUGAAGCCUCAGCUUGCUGCUCUGUAGAAUGGGGCUAAGAGUUGUAGGUAUUAGAUCCAUAGAACUCAUGACACAUACGAAGUGCAAUGCUGGAGAGGUGUGAGUGCUCCUAGGGUGAGGCCACAGGAGUGUCACUAUCCAGGUAAAAGGGAACACUAGCUCCAAAACUGAGGGAAUGAUACAGUUGACAGAAUAAAUUGCCUCCCGUUUACAGCCCAGAAACUUCCAAAGGUCUCUCUUACCAGUAAGUUUGCUUUGGUCUCAGCAUUUCUGUUCAAGUCAAGCAGGUCCCCCUGGAGGUUUACCCCAGGGAACGAUGUAGGUGUGUGGUCACUAAACAACGAAAAAGGGCCAUUACGGUGGACUUUUUUUAUUUGGAUACAGGAGGUUCAUUCCAACGUCAGGACCUUUGCACAUGCUGUCUCUGCUGCCUGGGACACAAUUCUAUUAACCUGGAGCGGCUGCCAAUGAGCUCCGCCGAGUAGCAGAGGGGGCAGGGCCAGCUCUUAAAGGAACCGCGACCUCUUAGCAGACCGGAGGGUGACCCGGAUGAUGGCGGCCGGAGCGGCCCUGGCCUUGGCACUAUGGCUACUACUGCCGCCGGUGGGGGUUGGGGGGGCAGGGCCCCCACCGAUCCAGGACGGCGAGUUCACGUUCCUGCUGCCUGCGGGGAGGAAGCAGUGUUUCUACCAGUCUGCGCCGGCCAACGCAAGCCUCGAGACCGAGUACCAGGUGAUCGGAGGUGCUGGGCUGGACGUGGAUUUCACGCUGGAGAGCCCUCAGGGCGUGCUGCUCAUCAGCGAGUCCCGCAAGGCAGAUGGGGUGCACACGGUGGAGCCCACGGAAGCUGGGGACUACAAGCUGUGCUUUGACAACUCCUUCAGCACAAUUUCUGAGAAGCUGGUGUUCUUCGAACUCAUUUUUGACAGCCUGCAGGAUGACGAGGAGGUCGAGGGCUGGGCAGAGGCUGUGGAGCCUGAGGAGAUGCUGGAUGUCAAGAUGGAGGACAUCAAGGAGUCCAUCGAGACCAUGAAGACCCGGCUGGAACGUAGCAUCCAGAUGCUGACGCUCCUGCGGGCCUUUGAGGCACGUGACCGCAACCUGCAGGAGGGCAACCUGGAGCGGGUCAACUUCUGGUCCGCGGUGAACGUGGCAGUGCUGUUGCUGGUGGCCGUGCUCCAGGAGCCAGGCUGGAAACCCUUGUUGGCUUGGCUGACAGGCCUGGGCCCUCCUGGAGGGACAGCUCAGUGGCUGCACCUGCUUUCCUGGAAAUUGUGCAUGGACGGGGAGGGCACUGCAGCAUUUGAAUGUGACCCCUGGAUAUUCUGGCCCCUUGCCGUGUCCCCUCCGGUAAAUGUGUGUGCCUUAGCCCGAGUCCCAGCCUGCACGGGCACUGCUUGGUGUAGGAUGGGGCCCAGGAAGCAAACUCUCCCUUCCCUUCCCUCCUGGCCUUUUGAGCCAGGGUACGGUGGGAGGGGUCUUGCUGCUUGUGGGACCCCACGCCUUCCUUUGUCUCCCUGUUGCCCCACCAGAGGCCUGUUGCUGCUGCUGGGGGCGGCUUCCAGGCUUGGCGGGGGGGCGCCUGCUUAUGCCAGGGGCUGGGAAGGAGACACGGUUGCGGUGUUCUUGCCAGGACAGUCACUUUAUUGAGAGGAAGGAGCCCAGCCCCUCAGCCCAGCGCGGGGUGGGCUCUGUGUGAGGUCUGGUAACAGAACUCUAGGAGUGGGGGGGCCUGCAUGACCACCCGCCCCUCCUGCUCUCUGCAAAGGCCCCGGGCAGGGCUGAGGGGUGGCCCAGCCAAAGCUUGCGCAGGAGCCUCACGGAACAAAGGGCGGUCUGGCCUGGGCACUGGAGUCAAUAAAUUAUGGUCAGAAAAUCA